UUUCGAAUCAUCUGCAAUAUUUUGGAGCAUUCAAAUUGCAACUGCAAUUUUAUGGAUUUCGUUUAAGAACUGAAUUUGUGGGGCAGGACGGAAAAAAAAGAAAGAACUUGCAACUGGUUGGAGGAGAAGGAGAACCCAAAACCAGAAACCAGAGACAGGAAAACAUAGCGGCAAGCAAAGUGUUGCAUACUUGGCACAAAUAGCAAAGUGUGAGGAAGAAAGGAUACGGAUACGGAAGCGGAUAUACAUAUAUAUAUAUAUAGGGAGAUAUAGAUAUAUAUAGACGGGCAACAUGCCGUCGUCAGCAAUAAAUAAAACAGCACGCAGUGUUGCCAAUGCGAUCCAAUUGCUGGCAAUCGUUCUCUAUUGCUGCUGUCUGGUGCAUGGACAACAGCAGCAGCAGCAGCAGCAACAACCCCAGCAACACUUGAAGUACCAGCAAUUGCAAUAUCAAAUGCAGCAGCAAUAUGAAUACCAGCAGCAGCAGCACUACCAGCAGCAGUUCCAGCAGCAACAGCAACAACAGCAGCAGCAGCAACAUUUGACACCCACAGCAACACUGGCUCAUCAUCAGCAGCAGCAGCAACACGAGGAGCAAAUCGACUUGCUGUCCACUCAGCCAACUCAGCUCCUGCAGACGGGUGUCUCGCUGAUUGUGGAGGACUCCAAGGGCUCCGGCGAUGGAAAUGCAAAUGGAAAUGGCAAUGGCAACGGAGGCGUUGGCUCCUCCAGCCGCCGUCGAACCGCUCAGUUGGCCACGCGAAAGCGGAAGCGACGCCCCCAACUUCCGUUGGCCACGAUGGGCGCCACGGAGGAGGAUUCGGGGGCGGAUCCCACCGCCGCCUAUUGGCGCGGUCAUGUGGAGGACGAUGCGGAUGCGCUGCCGCGGCGGAGGACUCAACCGUUGGUGCGGGAGCCCAUGGCGGCGCUUGAGAGGAUGGGCGAAAGGGAGAAGCAGCGCCAGCGGGUUGAGGACGCCAGUCCGCAGAGCAGUAAUCCCAGCAAGGCCUAUCGACGUCCCUAUGGGCAGUCGAAGAAGGAGCCACUAGUGGUGGAAAGUGGAGGAGGAGAGGCAGCGGUAGCCACGCCCACCAAAACCUCCGUGGACCUGAAGAACAUCCUCAAGAAUUCGGGCGGCCUGAGUCUCAGUGAGAUUCUGCAGCAGAAGAAUCUCUCGCUGGACGAUCUGCUCAAGGGCAAGCAGAAUGCUCUGCUGGCACUGCAAACGACAGCGGUUGCUCCACCAGCCUCCGCCGCCGUUUCUCGAGGGGAUUCCGGGCAGAAAAAGGCACCUGGCCAGCAGAAUAAGCAGGGAGUACGCCGACUGCCCGCUGCCUAUACCACCACUAGCACCGCCUCCUCCUCCUCCGAGGAUGAUUCCCUGGUGGCCACCAAGGGAAAGGCCAAAUUCCCCACCGCCCUGCAGCGCCUGAAGCUCUUUGGCAGCUCUUCGCGGGAGAGCAGCACCACAAGACGCAUUCUGGGUGGAAGCAGCACCACCAUGGCCACCACUGGAAGUAGUAGCACCACCAGCACCACCACCACCCGCGUGCCACUCUACAAGAAGCGACAGCAUCUGCGGUCCACCCUAAAGCCACCGGGGCUCUUCAAGGCGAUCUCAAGCAGUAGUAGCACUAGCAGCACCACAACGGAAGUGACCACCACUAAUCAAGCGGAGGUGGAGACCAGCACCGCCUACUCCACCACCACAGAGAGUCCAGAAGAAGAGCAGGAGCAGGAGGAUAACUCGGAGGAGCAGCCUGAUCAGGAGGCGGAGGAACCCGAGGAGGAAGCUGAGCCACCCACUGAAUCUCCACCUGCUCCUUCCUCCUCCUUAUCCUCCUCCUCCCUGCCCCCCGGCAAUCCCCGCUACCGCUUGAGAAACUCCAGCGUAAAAGAGAAUCCCAAGCGUUUGAAGGACAACUUCAUAGGCAGCCACAUGGGCGAGAGCAACGAGGAGGGAUCUGGGGAAGUGGGUGAGCCCAGUUCGACCACAUCAUCACCUCCUCCGCUGAAUAAAAGCAGCGAGGAAUUGAACUACGGCGAUGGAGAUGAGCUGGAGAACUUCUUCGAUGAGGUGGAGAGUCACACGCAUCACACUCGAGUGCCGGCACCGCCACUAGGAUCUGCUUCUCCCACUCCUGGAGCACCUUCCUCCUCCUUCGAACCUCCAGCCCCAUCCUCCUCAUUUGCACCGCCACCACCGCCGCCCGUUAAACCGCCGCAACUGAACAUCAUCGACGACGUGGACGAUCGCACGGAUCUGCUGGAGCUGAUCGAGGAUCGGCGGUCGGGCAACCGAUUGUUUAAGGUCCUGGAGCAGCGCAACAUGACGCUGGAGGAGCUGAUCGAGCACAGGAAGCGCGGCUCCAGCCAGCUGCAUCUGUCCACCAUUGUGAGCGGCGGCGAUGAGCACUCGCGGCUGUAUCCCGGGCAGAAGGUCCUGCUGCAGGACAACAUGGACAUUGUGACGGCCUUCGAGAACUUCCCGCACUUCAACUUGAUGGAUUUGAAGAGCGUCAAGCCCGACGAGAUCAAGACGGACUCGCAGGGCUCCAGCUACUUCACCUCCAUCAUCGACAUCGAGCCGAACGACGAGGUCAAACCGAUGGGAGGUCGAGGUAUUACGGCUCUCAGGCUGCGCAAGCAGCGCCAGCGGUGGGCGGAUAAAAGGGGUCCCGCCUACGCACAGACUGCCUCCUCCUCCUCGGCGACCAUUGGAGCGGCCACGGGCACCAUUGCGAUCAAUGCGCGCGGCGAGAAGUCGCUGGGGCUGGGCUUCUUUCCCUCGUGGAAGACUUUGGCCCUGGCCUCCUUGGCCACGGGUACGGAGGAGCGGAAUCCCUACUUUCUGCCGCCACCGCGACUGCUGCUUGAUGGGAGUGGGAGUGGCAGUUCCGAAUCCAAUCCCACGGACAGCAUUGACAUCGAUCUGAGUGUGAGUCCCUAUGGAAAUGGUGGUAAUGCCUCCUCCUCCGUAAACAACAGGAUGCCUGCGAGCAACGAUGACGAUGUGAUCGAUGAGAUCGAGAACGAGGUGGCGCGUGCCCAUGAUCUGCUCGAUCUGGAGCUCUCCGGUCCCGGUUUCCAUCGCAGUCCGGCGGCAGCGGCGGCCACUUCGGCCGUUUCACAACAGCACCUGAGCAGCCUGUACGCCAGCAUGCCGUCGGGAAUUCGAUCGGCCAUUGUGGCCAGCACGGCGAUUGUGAUCACGGCACUUUCCACCUUCCUGGUCAUCUUCGUGGUCUGCCGUUGGAAGCAGCAGCGCAGGCGGAAGAGCAGCUACCUGCGCACCUACAAUGCGAUGAAGAGCAAGCUGCCGCAGAUGGUGCAGCCCUCGCGACGUCCCUCGAUGCGCCAGCAUAUGGAGGAGCUGGUCAUAGGAUCGAGUGGAGGUUCUAAAGGAUCAGGAUCGGGUGCAAGCUCUGGAGCCGGCAUAGCUAGCAUCUCCACCUCGGUGGCCUGCUGCACGCCCGUCCAUCAGCUGCAGCGGCAGAGCUCGCUGAUGUUUGCCCGCGAUGGAAGCGCCACUUUGAGCACCGCCACCUCGCUGACCACCAACAGCACUACGAACAGCAGCACGAGCAUCGCGGGGCAGGGAAACCAGCCUCACCCCAAUCCCUCUUCAGAGGCGCUGAGAAGUGGCAUCUCGCUGAGAAGUGCCCACCAGAAGCUCAACACCAUGGACCCCAAUUCGCCGGAGGUGCAGGAAUAUCUAUUCGACACGCUGCGCAAGUCCUUCGACAAUUAGGCAACUCUAGUGACAAAUAGACCGUUGUUUAGGCCAAGUUUUAUAUAAAUGUACACUCACACAAACCCCGAAAGAAGCAAACAAGUUAGUCGAUUAAUUAGUUUAAGCAGGCGGAAGUGGUGAGGAAUUUUUUUGAGCUCGAUUAGAGGAACAUUCUGUGAGAGAAAGUAAAACUAAAGAAAAACUAACGAAAAUAAACGUAGAAAUCACACAUUUGGACAGUGCGUGGCAUAUUUAUUUCAAGAGAAAUCGAUUUGCAA